AUGGCGAUAUUUACCGUUGGUGACUACCUUGCGCAAAGAUUCGCUCAAAUCGGAAUCCGACAUCAUUUCAUCGUUCCCGGAGAUUACAAUCUCACACUCCUGGACAAACUCGAGGCGCACCCAGAACUAACCGGGGUGGGCUGCACCAACGAGCUCAAUUGCUCUCUAGCCGCGGAAGGAUACGCCCGCGGUCGUGGUAUCGCUGCAUGCGUCGUGACCUACAGCGUGGGCGCGUUCUCGGCCUUUAAUGGCAUCGGUGGAGCAUAUGCCGAGGACCUCCCCGUCAUCUUGGUUAGCGGAGCCCCUAAUACCAAUGAUGCAGAUCAGCACCUUCUGCACCACACUCUCGGCAAGCAUGACUUCACCUACCAGCUGGAAAUGGCCAGGAGGAUCACUUGCUGUGCCGUGUCGAUUCGCCGAGCCCCCUGUGCUCCGGAAUUGAUCGACCGCGCCAUCCAAACCGCCCUUCAGGAGCGGAAGCCUGCGUAUAUCGAAAUAGCAACAAAUGUGUCCGAGGCCGCCCGGCAGACGCAAUCGCUCUUAACCCCGGAUACGGCAGUUUUCGUGGAGACAGGCGACUCUUGGUUCAAUGGAAUCCAGCUGCGCCUUCCGCGCGGUACAGAUUUUGAAAUCGAGAUGCAGUGGGGUCAUAUCGGAUGGACCAUACCUGCUGCAUUUGGAUAUGCGCUUACAAAACCAGCAAAGAAAACCAUCGUCAUAGUCGGAGACGGUGCCUUCCAGAUGACUGCACAAGAGGUUUCGCAGAUGGUCCGGCAUCGGCUGCCUAUCAUUAUCCUCUUAAUGAACAACAAGGGCUACACAAUCGAGGUCGAAAUCCACGAUGGGUUGUACAACCGGAUUCAAAACUGGGACUAUGCUCUCUUGGUCCAAGCGUUUAAUUCCACAGAAAGUGGAGGUCGUGCACUUGGCCUUCAGGCACGUACCGUCGGCGAAUUUUCAGAAGCAAUCGAAAGGGCUAUGGCACAUGCGGAUGGACCGAGUCUCAUCGAAUGCAACAUCCUCCAAGAUGACUGUAGCAGGGAGCUGAUCACAUGGGGGCAUUUCGUUGCAAUGGCCAACGCCCGCGAGCAGAUAAAGGAUUAA